AGAAGGUUCAUAGUUUAAAGGUCGUUCGUUGCGGUUCGACUGCGCAGCUGGACUAGACUACAGAGAAAGAAAUUUAUCAUUUCCGCAAAUAAAAGUGAUUGUGUAAGACUAAGAGUGUGUUUUCCGAGAUUUAACAAUGAGGACAGUUCCACGACUGUACAAUCCUUUGUUUCAUCUACGACGCGAUUUGUUGUCGGUAUUUGAUCACCCAUAAUUCCCCGCUGGAGCAUCCCAAUUAUACCAGUAAACAAACAUGGCGGACUGCCGUGAUUACUUGACAAGAUCGUGCAGUUUCGACUCGACAUUUGAGCAAAUUUUACCGCCUGAGCAGUGGAAGAUUUACCUGAGUGACGAUUCGGAUAUCAAGAGGGGACCCAAGUUGGAUCGAGCCACUUUUGAAGGGUUUUUGGAUGACGAUGGACGGCUUGUUGAGGUCCAAAGUUUUCGACAAGCGGUGUUCCGAGGAGGAAUUGAAAGUGAUGUCAGACAAGAUGCCUGGGCAUUUUUGUAUGGACUGUACCCAUUCCAGUCAACGAGAAGAGAACGAAAAGUCCUAUCCAUGGAGUAUCAUUACCGAUACGAAGCCCUGAAAGCAAGGUGGAAAGCCUUGCUUGCACUAACCACCCCUCCCAAUGAUGUCACAGCCAACGGAGCAGAAGAGGUUCACUUGUCACGGAAGAGCAGCGAAUCGUUACACAACAUUCAUGAAAAGAGCGAUGUGAGUGAUUGCAGAUGCGGGGAAACAGAUUUGCAUAACAGAAACAGUACUCAAAACGGACCAGAAACGAAAGAAGAUCAGAGGUUGCAGAUGGAAUGUAUGGAACUUCAAGCAAGGAUCUAUGCAGAGAGGGAACCGUUAGACAUUGACAACAUGGAUGCAUUCAAGAAAAGCAUACGAAUCAUUGACAAGGAUGUGCCAAGAACAGACAGGGAUCAUCCCAAGUUUAAAGGGCCAAACAAUCCCAACCUUCCAAGACUACGCAACAUUCUUAUUACCUUCGCUGUCUUUCAUCCUCAGGUGACGUAUGCUCAGGGCAUGAACGAUGUCCUCAGCAGAUUCUUUGUAGUCAUGGAUAGCGAGGUUGAAUCUUACUGGUGCUUUACGUUGUAUCUAGAAACCAUCUACAAAGACUUCCUAGAAGAUGGCAUGCUGCAUAAAUUAGGUAUAUUAACACAAAUGCUUCAGGAGAUUGAUCCAUUUCUCUAUGAUCACCUCACGUCUUGUGAAAUUGGUGAUCUCAUGUUCUGCCACAGGUGGUUGCUGUUGUGUUUCAAGCGAGAGUUCCAGUAUGAGGAGAGUUUGAUGCUAUUUGAGAUCAUCAGCAGCAAGCAUCUUGAGGUGUCUUCGGUGGUGGCCGAGAGGGCAAGAGAUAUAGCCAGGGCUAGAGACUUCCUAAAAGCAGGUGGAAGGCAGAGAGUUCAUGCGGAGGUCGUGCGGACAGAUUUCACCUUUGAACUCUUUGUGUGCACCACCAUCUUGUAUGACAACAGGCAGGCACUUUUGGGGUGUAUUGACUCGGCCACUGUAUUCCAGUACGUGGUGAAUGGAUUAUCCUUCAACUUGGACCUUCAGCACAUAUUGUGCCUCGCAGAGAAGAUGUUGCUUGCCUACUGCCGAAGGACAGCAGUUAAAGACAGUUUUGAACUCUUGGAACAUGAUGAGGCAUUCUCGACACAUUCCUGAGUACGUUUCUUUCUUUUGCACAUUUUUGGAAGGAUGAAAUGCAGUGUGUUUUGCAGUCUUGCUCAUAACCUCAGGCUUGUUAAUAUUAUGACACAAGUAUGCGCCUCAGAAAUUCAAGUUACUAGAUAUGGUUGUGAUGGAGUGUGACGUAAUGGUUAGGGUUUGUGACUCACCGUCGAUCAGAGGGUCAGGGGUUCAAAUCCAGCUGCCGGUCAUGCUGCAUCCUUGGGCAAGCCGCUGAAUAGGCAAUGCUGCAUGCAUUUGGUGAGAAGUUAUCCAUGGACCUGCAUUUCAUUUAGAGGAAUAGAAACAUUCUCGGUCAUUCAUGCAAAGGUCACAAAAGAGAUAAAAGCUUUUCAUGAAUCAAUACAGGUUUUACUUAACACAGCUGUCCACUGAUUUUUUGCAGAUUUGAUAGCGAGUUUGCAUCAAACUGCAGAUCUUUAAAAAUGUCGUAGUGAUGCCUAAGUUGAAGUGAUUUCAAAGCCUUAUAUAUGCCUUUGGUUAAUAAUUUAUGCAUUCCAUGAUCAAUGUGGUGCAUUCCUUUUUUUAUACUCUGUACUUUUACUAAUUCAAUGUGAAGUGCUUUUUUUGCGCCGUGAAUGACCUCGGUGUAAAAUAAUUAAAAUUAUUUUUUCUAAGUUGAGAGAAAUUUGGACUAUGCACAUUAAUAUAUAUAUAUAUAUGGAUGGUACCAUAAAAGUAUUGGGCACAGAUGGAUACUGAAUUCAAAUGUCAGUUCCACAGAAAUUGGUUGUGUGAUAAUUACAGACGGGCUGAGAUCAAAAGACGGUGUCCUCCAUCAAAAUAUGAUCACUUGAAACUGAGAUACUUGUUUACGUUUACAAUUUCUGUACAGACUGGAUAAUUAUGGGAAUGGCAGAUAUCAUAAUUUGAGAAAUUAAGGAGCAGACUUUCAUUAUCAGAUGGAUGGGCCCAAUUGCAUUGCAAUACUUAAAUAACAAGUGUAACACAGCAGUGUGAUGUAACUGUGUCACGUUAAUGACGCCACAAUACAGUAACGAAAUAUUUUGUGAAAAAAUCUGUCAUGGAGGUGUGAUUAUGUUGAUGUGCCUUGCAUUUUUUGCUUAACGACAAUAUUUCUGUAAUGGUUCGCUGUUUAAAAACAAAUUCUGAAAUAGAAUUCCUUUUUUUUUUUGCAUUUUGUAUCGCACAACCCAUAUUACAUUUGUAUAUGUGUACAAAAUACCCGUAUAUAUGACAAAGAAUAUAACAGGUGAACACACUUGCCUAAUUAAAAUUAAAACUGUAAAUCUCAAUACAUUACAGAGCGAUAUAAUGUAAAUUCCUAACCUAUACAUAAGUCAUACAUUUUAAUGAUAUGAAACCUUAUGGUUACUAUGAAUUAACCACUGGGCUGAAAUGGUUGACCAUCAAUCAUGAAUAUAUUCAUGCAAUUUUGCUGGAAUUUAUGUAAAGGAAAUUUAGUCAGCACUUGUUGAAUAUUCUUAGGAGCGUAUUAAGUGGAUGGUGGUCAAAUGCUCCAUGGUACAAUCAGCUACGCCAAGUUGCCAUAAAAAGGAGAGGGGAGGGCUCAAAAGGAGGGGAAUAUUGCGAACAAAGAGGUGUCUUAUUUCUGGGUGACCUGUCACAUUAUAGGUCACAGUGCUUCCUGCUGGUACUAGUGACCAUGGUAUAAUUUCUGCCUGUUCCCCGCUUGUUCUGCAUGACUCAAACAUUUCAGUGUAAUAAAUGAAGCAACUGUCUUUUGGUUUACUUCAUAUGACAAGGUCAUCAAGAGUCACACAUACCAUUGUACAAAAUAUAACUAGAUAUAUCUGCACAUUUUUGAAGUCCCAACUGCCAACGAUCACUUAUAAUGUGACAAAACUCUUUUUAAAAUAAAAAUUCCUGCAGGUAUACAUUCAGCAGGUGACUUGUACAGGUUUGGUAUGGACCUUGUGGGGCUGAUGAAGAUGCCAAGAGACAUCUGUAGUCUGUAAGGGUUCAUGGACUAUCCAAAAAGCAGGAAUAUGUAUUUGUAUCAUGUCCACGAUGCCUCUGAAAAGUAAAGUCAGUACUACAUCUGUUGAGAGGUCAAGGGGCACUCUAGAUUGAAGAGGAUUUAUGGCGUGUAACUGUGGGUUAACUCAACUCAGCUUUUGCCAUUCAUUACUGGUCAGUGUUUAUAAAGUGAUUUCCAAUUAAGGGGUGUCACUGCACAUAAUGGAAUUCGACACAAUUAUCAAGCUGGUGGCCACAUUUGACAGGCGUAUUUAAAAUGACUCUGAUCGCUGCUAUUACGCAAAUGUCACAAUAACAUGAUAUGAUGGCAAAAUGUACAUAAAUAAACUCUUGAAAAAUAUAUAUUAUUUAUUUAAGUUCUAAUAAGCGUAUAUGAUGCGUUGAUAUUAUACUGAUCCGUCAAAGCCAAAAUAUAAAACGUAAACAAUUUGAUUAAUUAAUUAAUUUUAAUUAAUUAAUUAAUUUAACAAUGUAUAAUUAAUUCCAAUUAUAAAAUCCUUGCCAUCUAUCGAAAGAGUAAACCAAAGCUAAAGUCUUGAUUCGUUUGUAAUAAAACUGACCAGUGUAAUUGUA